AUGCAUAUAACAGAGCGAUACGAUGGCAGACAGUGGCUUAACCCGGUAUCUGGUCAGAAGGUUUGCAUCGUGAUGUGGCUGCUUGUUCUCUCGCUGGUCAUACCAACAUCCCUGUCGUCGUCGCCAGACGUGGUGACGUGUAGGCAAAGCAACGACUACACGAUCUGCCGUGAGGAGGAUGUUCUCGUGAAUGUCAGCCAACACGGGGAAGCGAACAGCUUGAGCAUCCACGAUCUAAGCCUAAUCGAGGUGCGUGAGGACGCGUUCGAGAACUUGACAGCAACCAGCUUGAGCCUGGGUCACGGCAACCGAAUUUCCACACUAACGAAGCUGUCCUUUCGUGGAUUAGCGGAUUUGGAGGAGCUGCACCUGGACAACAACCGAGUCAGUCUGAAACCUUAUCUGUUCUCCGAGCUGAAGAAGCUGAAGGCUCUCUAUCUGAGCUUCAAUCGGAUCGAUCACCUACCCAAACACGCAUUCGAUGGAUUGCCCUAUCUGAAGUGGCUGUUCCUCAGAUACAAUCGCUUAACGUCCAUCGAGCAAGACACUUUCGUUGACCUGACCGAUCUGUUGCAGUUUCUUAGGUUGGAUAACAACAGGAUCGGCAAGAUUGUGCCCGGCAGCUUCGAGAAGCUACACGAACUCACUCAUUUGCAUUUGGAAUAUAAUCUUAUAAGCAAGAUCCUACCUGGCACGUUUCGUGGACUGAAAGCAUUGACCGCUCUGUUUCUCGAUUACAAUUCACUGACGAACAUUUUCAAAGGAGAUUUUGAUGACCUGGACUCGUUGCAGAUGCUGAACCUUCAGUUUAACGAGAUCGCUGACAUAGAACCUGGGUCCUUCGACAAUCUGUCUAGCUUGAGAAAAUUGAACUUGAGGAGGAACAAACUGACCCAUAUUACCGUCGGAAUCUUUGACAAACUGGCCAAAUUGUAUGAUCUAGAUUUGUCUUACAAUUUCAUUGACAUCGUAGAUCCUGCAGCUUUUAACAGUGGCAAUAUAGAAUCCUUCCAUUUCAUUCAUAACAAUCUCAGUGACAUCAAUGAAAACGUCGUUGGAUUGUCCUCUUCCACCAUAAUAUACUCAUAAACCUGACACCAUAAACAAAUCAAUAAAUAUGUGAGGGUCGUUUAAUUCAAUGGAACGUGAUCCAGAGGAACUCGAAUGGAAAUUCAGACGGUAACCGUUCUAAACGUUCCUAGAAAA